GUUGAGGUCGGGAAACAGGCAUCUUUUGCCUCCUGAGCGGAGAAACAACCCAGAGACGUUUCAGAAGGGUUACAGGCACUCUACGAGGGGAAACGGGUACGGAUAUAUAUCCUUUAUCGAAGUUUUGAGCAAUGCACUGGCAGCAUGGCCAGAUGGUUCAAGGAGCACCUGGGAUUCAAAACCACCAAAGCCCCGCCACCGGCGCCCCCAAAACCGGACUACAGACACUUCCAAACCACUGUAUCCAGUCCGCCCGUAUACCACCUCCAUCAGCAGCAGACGGGCACAGGGUUUAUGUCCGCUCAGCCAGACAUCGUCACCGCUUACAAACUCCAGAAGGAGCUGGACUUCGAGGAUCCAUACACGGGAGGCGGAAAUAUCCCCUUCUCCACGGGACCUAGUUCAACGGGCUCACCGGACGUCAAGUAUGUGUCCCCGAAACACCGGCUCAUAAAGGUAGAGACGAACGAGCGUAACAGCUCAAGUUCGGGCAGCAGUAGCGGGGUGACAGCGGUCAAAUCCCCCACUUCUCCACCCGCCGAACCCGAGAAUGGACACAGCAGCAGCAGCAGCAGUUGUAAACAGGAGAAGCUCGCCAUUGUAGAGGACUAUGCGGACCCUUUCGAUGCAGCGGAUCAGGCUGGUGGCACUCAGACAGUCACAGAAAAGCCAACGGAGAAUGACGGCUACAUGGAGCCAUAUGAGGCCCAAAAAAUGAUGGCUGAAAUCAGAGGUGGUCGUGGUUCUAAAGAUGGUCCAGUUCGGCAGCUGCCUCUAUAUGACACCCCGUAUGAGCCAGAGGAGAAUGGGGGAGAACUGGAUGGAGGACGGUCUUCUCGUGAGAGCAGAUUACCCCAGGACGACGAGAGGCCCCCAGAGGAGUACGACCAGCCUUGGGAGUGGAAGAAAGAUCGUAUAUCUAAAGCCUUUGCAGUAGAGAUUAAAGUGAUAAAGGAUCUGCCCUGGCCUCCUCCGGUUGGGCAGCUCAACACCAGUCCUCCUAUAAUGGAGGCGGUAGAGGCUCCAUCCUCACCUGCCCAGUCCUCACCAGGACAGACCUCCACAGCAACAGCCUGUGACCAACACCAGCACGUGCAGUUUAACGGUGUGGAAAGGUCCAGAAUGUCACCCACUAAAGAGGCGAAAUCCCGCCCACUCCAGCGGCACUCCAGCAGUUGCCUGGUCAACACUAAGAUGAGCUCACUGGAUCACAGCACACCCACAGUGGGCGAGUGCAUAGACCCCUCCAUGCCCCUGGAGAGCCAGUUCUGGUAUCAUGGUGCGAUUAGCCGGAUUGAUGCAGAGUCUCUGCUGAGGUUAUGUAAAGAGGCCAGUUAUCUGGUGAGAAACAGUGAAACCAGUAAGAAUGACUUCUCCCUCUCGCUCAAGAGCAGUCAAGGUUUCAUGCAUAUGAAGCUGUGUCGGACCAAAGACAAUAAGUAUGUACUGGGUCAGAACAGCUGCCUGUUUGACAGCGUACCAGAGAUCAUCCACUUUUACUCCAGUCGCAAACUGCCAAUCAAAGGAGCCGAACACAUGUCCCUGCUUUACCCCGUGGCCAUACGGACACUAUAGGAACACUCUACGGCAGAAAAGCUAAUGCAGUCUUUCAUAAAUGCUUAAACUCUAUGGAAUGUGUCAUACAUUGGAUAAGGACUACUUUGUGAGGAAAAUUAUUGUCUUCUGUCUCCAGCUCAUGUUGGAUCUUAUAAGCUGGUUAUAAACAUUUUAUAACAGGAGUAAGAGUGUUUAUUAAGCAUUUAUAAGUGGCAGCAAAGGACAAACAUUAUACUAAUGUGCUACUGAAGUUCCAAAGGCAAAAAGGGAGAUUCCUGGAAGCCCAAUUUAUCUCGCCCGAGCUCAGUGGACUAAUGGAGCAGGACUGACCAGAGUACUGAAGAAAAUGACUUCUCUGCAGCAUAACCUACUCAUACAUGCCUUCUCCUUGAUCCCAGACCUGUUCUUUCCCUCUUUCUUCACAUAAGUGGAUCUUAAGUUGUAGACCUGCACCCCUCACUUUAUCCUCUACUGUUUCAUACUGUAAAAAAAAAAAAAAAACUUGCCAUUUACAAAAUAUUCAAAUCCAUCUUAUUUUAUCUUAUUUUCCAUAUUCAAAUUUUAAUGUCUAAAUAUUUGGAUGAUGUCUCACAGGCUGGUUCGUCCCAGUUCUGUUUCUACUACAGAUGUCUAUAUCUCAAAACACUAAAAUCAUUAGGCUUUUUAUUUGAAUGGAGAUGAAAAUUGAACGCUGGAGACAAGUGACUGAAUCCUAUUUGAAUUGCUAAAACCUUAUCAUCUUGACUUCCUGUCACAAUAUAGUUCUCUCAAUAUAAAAGUCAUGUGGGUUUGGUACAUUUUUAAUCCCUUUACAUCAACAUUUUCAAACAAUACUGAAAAAGUACAAUUUAGAAGACUGAAACCAUGUUCAAGUUUUCCAGUCAGACACUUACAGUGGCCCCAAAAAUUAUUUGGACACUAGCACCCUGUCUACACCGGAGACGAGCGGUGCAUCUCAUCAAAAGUAAUAGAACCCCAUUAUAAUCAAUGAUGAUGUCUUCACUGGAAGCGUCUGUUGCGGCACGUCUCACAGACAGUAAACGGGUGUACCGUUCCAUAUUGCGUCACGCUCUGGCGUGACUACACAAAUUGAACGAUUUAAAACAAUUGUUUUGAUACGUCCAGUUUAAAUAGCCUCAAGCCAUUGCGGCGCGGUACGGUGUGUCAACGGACUUACCCAGUGAAGACACUUAAAAAUGCUUGAAUAUUUACGAUUGUUUAAUGUAUUAUAUAACAAAAUAUCAAACAAUUUUGUGUUUAUUUUAAAGAAAUACAACAAAAACACUUUUUCAAGCAAGACAAAAAUAUUUGGACAUUUCCUGGUUGUCAAUCUUUUUGGAACAUGUCCAUGGUUGAUGUGAUGAACAACACCUGUGGAUACCAGUGUUGGGUUACUCAAAAAAGUCCACAAAUUAUAGUCUAUAAAAUUGUAAGCAGAUUACUUUAAUCAUUACUACAUUAUUAUUACAUAUUAUUACUAAGAUUUAAAUUAAUAUCUAAAACGCUUUUCACAGAAAAUAUUUAUUUUUAUUUUUUAUUUAAUUAUUGAUAUUUUUUUUUGCUCAACAAAUUCAAAAUAAUGUAUAUAUUUUCUCCUUGUUCAAUUUGGCAUGCAAGUCAUACACUCAGCACAUAUGAACAUAAAUCAUGUUUUAAAUUAUACAUAAACUGUUGUAAUUUAAAAAAAUGUGUAACCCAAGUAAUUAACUUAAUUGAAAGUCAGUAACUGUAAUCUGAUUUCUCACAUUUAAAAUGUAAUGUGGUACACUACUUUUUAAUUUAAACAAAUUAUUUUGGAUUACAGUAACUAAUUACUUCAUAAUCAGAUUACACCCAACACUGGUGGUUACCUAGCUGAGUAACCAACAAAUAUAUAUAAAAAUAAAUAUUGUGACAAAAAGUUAGUUUUAUAAAAGGAUAUAGCAUCAUUUAUUCCAUUUGGUUUGAUUCAUGCAAUUUUAAUUGUGACUAAAAUGCCAAAUAUGUUUUUGGGAAAAGAGAAGUUAAGAGAUAGUAACUCGUCACUAUUUCUAAAUAUCAACUUAAUCAACAGAUUAUAACAUCUCUUAAAAUCAGUAAUAAUGAAAAAAGAAAAUGUUGGUUGGUUAAAAACUUUAUGGUGAAGAGGAGAUGGAUGGUGCCAUUUAAGUGUACUUGGACAGGGCCAGCAUUUUAGAUAAUGUAGUAGACUCUUGAUCUAUGUUACCCAACAGGGUAGAGAAUUGAUUGCAUUGUGUGGCCCUCUGUUUCUUAAGCGUGAAAAAGGACCUUUUAAUUUAAGGGGAAGGGGGGGAAUGAGUCACUUUAUACUCCACACGAGUUUAAGAUGAUCUCGACCAAGGAGAAUGAAAUAUGCCUCUAUUGUCUACCUCAGAAAAUCAAUUUCAUUCAUCCAUCCACUGAUCAAUAAGGUACAAUAACAUUGCAGAUAUCGAUUCAUUUGACUCAUCCCAUUCUGUCAUCUCAAAUUUCCACCAAAUUUUCUAUUUUGGUGUAAGAAUAGCUUUUUGUUUAUCUAAACGCCCUCAAAAGCUGUUCUGUUUGUGUGUUUGCUAGAGGAUGUGGUUUGACCAUCAUUUAUAUGGAAAGUCACUCUGUACUGUUGUGUGAUGCCAGUGACUUCUGUCUGGUUAAAGCCUUAUACUGUAAAUGCAUGGUUUAAAAAAGAAAACAAAUCAAGUAUGUCAAACUGAUUUACAAACUUUCUACUCUCGAUGAAUGUUUUGUGGCUGUAAUUUAUUUCUGAGGAAAAAAAUAAUACUAUUGCUGAUGUUUUAGUCCUAGGUUACAAAGACAACUAAGAUGCUCUCGGCCAGUGUGUGUGUACUGUAUGUGUGUGAUACUGCUUGUGCCAUAUAUCUGACCGUACAUUUCUUUGGAAUUGUCCCACGACUGAUACUGUUAAGCCAAUCAGAUUCCAGGUUUGUCAACAGCUCUCUCCUGCUCCUAUUUCCGACCUCAAGUUUUCCCUGUUUGCCGUCACCCAGCAGUUUCUUUGUGCAUUUUUCCCCUGUAUAUUUAAACAACAUGAUGCACAUUGCAAUUGUGGUACAAUCUUUGAGUCAAAAUCAAGUGUAUUUAAUUAGUGUUCCGUGUGCUUUUGUUCUUAGUGUGUGGACAUUUAUUGUUUUCAUUCCUUCAGCUUUCUUUUUCUUACAUUUACUUUUGUUCAUAAGUGCAGUGUGAUCUUUAUAUGAGCCAUUUUGUCCUUAUAGGGAAAGUUCUAAAGAAAAAGAAAAUAUGUAUCAUCAUUUAUUCACUCUAAUGUGGUUUCAAACCCGUUUGACCAUCUCUCUUCCAUGGGACACAAAAUUAUUUAUUUGGCAGAAUGUCCCAGCUAAUCUUUUUUCCAUAACAUGAAAGUGAAUCACUAUAAAAGUAGUAUACAGCUGCUUUAUUUCAAGUUGUUUAUUUAAAAAAUGAUGAAAAAUCUUCCCCAACACCAUAGCUCUCAAAUCUCAUUCAUAUGCAUUCAAAUAUGGUGUGUUCAGAUACAUCAUACAAAAACAGGUUUAAAUGACAUGACUCUGAGUAAAUGGUGACCCCAAACAAUUUCAUAUUAGGGUAAGGUUUAUUCAAAUAAGGUUUAAUGUAAAUCUGUUUGAAAAUCAAAACUCUCAUCUGUUUGGACUUUAUCAUUUGUUCUUAGAGUAAAAUUUCCUUGACAUUUUUGAAACGCAUACCACAUUCCUUCACCAGAUUAUCCAAUGUGAAUCUAUUAAUGCUCUUGAUAGCAUCUCGUUGUUAAUUGCCAUUCGGCUAUUCCAGUCAUUUUGUAAUUAUUCAAACAAACCUGAAGGAAAUGGCUCUCAACUGCACCAUCCUAAUUCCCUCAGUCCCAUGUGUUCAAUGAAGAGGACCAUCAUAUACAUGUCUUUCCUGGAAAUACAUUUGUGUUGCUUUAGAGGCGAACCCAGGGGAGAGCACUCACGGAGAAAGAUGGACUGCUUUAAGAUGGGUCAGUGCAGAUAAUCUGUCUCUCUGUCAGUAGAAACAUGCAUCUUAAUGCUUUAAUAAGAAAGCCAUGUGGCCAGAUUAUUACACUGAGGCACAUUUGUGCUUGAAUCAAAGGGAAGAUGAAUGUAUGUAUGAAAAGAGUUAAAGACCCUGAUUGUAAAGUGAUUGUAAAUGCAGAGAUCUGGUAAACCAAGGCAGUUUUAAGGUCAGUUAUGCAUAAGUCAGCAAGAUAAGGGGCAUUUUAGACAACAGUUUAGAAGAGAUGUGGAAAGAGCUAAAUUAAAAGGAGAGGACAUUAAAUGAGAUAUGAAAUUAUCAUGAAAGCAGUUGAAAAGACAGGUGAGGGUAAUAAAUGAGUAAAACGAUGUGGAGAGCAGUAGAAAAGAGGACAGUUAUGAUGAUUGAAGGAUGAGGGAGGAGAGAGAGCAAAGAGGAAACAUCUCUGUCUCACUGUUGAUCUAUUAUUGCAUCACUCCACCCAUGUUGACAAGUGUUUGUAUUGCCUCAACUGAGUAUCAUUUUAAUAGGAUGUGUGUGCUGCCAUACCUGUUAUGUUUGAGCUGAUGAAUUUAAUUAUUAUGUUUUUCUUCAAACUAUUGGAGUCUGCAUAGAAUGGGUUUGUGUACAUUUUCUUCAUGUGUAUGCACUAACGUGACAUAUCUGUACAGUACCUCUCCGCCAAAUGUAUAUACUGAAUGUAAUGUUUGGGGACGUGGAGGCUUUGAGAUUCUGACAAAUAAAGUUUAUGGGUCUAAUUUAACGGGGUGUUUUGUCCUGUGUGAAAUAAUGCUUGUACAAGAUGAAAUUAAAUGUAUAGUUCACCCAAAAAUAAAAAUUCUUUCAUCAUUUACUCACCCUCAUGCAAUCCCAGAUA